UCUCUCUCUACACUUCAAAAAUCUGAAGAUUGAAUAACAUUACUAUAGUUGACGCAUGGUUUGAUCUUAUCAAUGCACCUAGUUCGUGCAGGUUUGUAUUCACUGCUUGAGGCAGAUUCCAAAAACAAGCAGAACCUAACAUGGCACCUCCUGUCUUUCUUCUUUGUUUCUUUAGCAUUUUUUCCUUCUCCACUUUAUUCUGGAUCUCUGCUCUAUGCGUGUUUGUGUCCAUGUUUAAUGCGAUGUUUGUAUAGAACAUUUUGAAUGGGAGUUUUAAUUGAUUCUUUGCGAUGUAUCAAAGUGAUACCACCUUGUUACCUACCGUGCAUGACUGCCUUGAGGGCACUCCCUAUGCUUGUUUCUACCAUUGGUUCAUAGGUAAAAUGCUGAUGUGCCACAUCAAUUAAAGAGGAGAGAGAGGAGGGUUGUAUCUUAGUGGAGUUGCGGCUCUUAGCACGUUUCCCUACACAGUGCAAUUAAUGCCUUGAUCCAAAGUGGCUUUCUCUUCCUAUGUUCCUCUUGUUUCUUUCUCUCCGCAACUAGGCCACAAUGUUGAGAUGCAAACAUGAUCCCUAAACUAAUUAAAUGCAACACACUUAGAUACAACAUGUAAGAAACAAUGCAUUGGGGUGGUUGUCUCUAAUUUUCUUCCACCACCUAGGAUAAGGCAACAAGAGCCAAUGCAUUAGGAGCACCCUGAUAGGAGUAUGUAACUAUGUACUACUACUAUCAUGUAUAAGAGUCUUGUUCUAAUUAUCUGCAUAUCAAUGCACACAACUUAUUACAAUAACCAAACCAUAUAGGAAGAAAUCGAUCAGAUUAAGCAAAGGAAGUAACUUGGCAUUAUAAUAUCACGUGAAUAACUAAGGAAAACUCAGAGCUCUAUGGAUGAAUAUGCUAUUCCAAACAAUUAUUUGUGUGAGUUAGGUGAAGACUAACCGUGCUUGCAUUGUUAAGCAUCCCACUGGUGGUACUAACACCAAAUUAAAAUACAUAACAAAAACAAAUUGAGAAAGAUGCUUGAACUGGCAUCAUGUUCCCAUACAAUAAAUUAGAAACAGCUACCUGCUACCACCUUAGUAGUUGUGCAUGAUUCUAUCUUGAAUCUAGCUAGGGUAUGAACUGGUUUAUUGUCAGCACAUUUCCAAUCAUAUUCCUACAGAUUACCACACAAUAAAAUAGAAACAGCUACUUGCAAACAUUAAAAAUGAGCAGGCAAAUUGGGCUCCCAUGGGGCCUAUGCAUUUGGGAAAUAUUAUCCCGAAUAAUAUGCUCUGAUAAUAUUAACCAUUUUAUGCUUUUAUGUUUUCCUCUGCAUCAACUCUCCCUUAACUAAUUGAAUGAGGCAAGCCCUUUGUCCACAAUUCCACAUUUCAGAAAAAAUUUGCACCCUUUCAGUUCACAAAAACAUGAUUUUUAGGACAUGGAUUUAGUCUGACUACUUGUCUAAAUAUUUAUAUUGAAUACUUGUAAAUCAAUAUGUGCAGAUUCGUAGCGACGGGUACUUUCAUAACACCUCAAUUUUAUUGUAUUUCAUAUAUAAAUUAUAAUAGUACAAGCUAGUGGUCAAAGCUGUGUACUGAAGACAAGUCCAUGUUCGAAAUUUGAGCUUUUGUCGAUCUCAAUUGGAGGGAGCAGUUUAAUUAGUGCAUCAUUUAAAAGGGUUCAGUGGACGGUGGCGCAGCGAUGUGAAUAGAUUCUUGGUACCAUCAUAUGUAAAAAAAUAAUUCCAGCAAGUUGGAGGACGGGUGGAUGGGAUGACUAAUCAAGGAUGUUGGAGAAAAAUAUCUCUAAGCAGGCACUUGCAGCUAGCUACCUUGAUCUGGCCAUGGCCGCUCCUGCAGUGUCCUCAGCUCCUCGCUGACCUCCUAUCUGUAUACAUGAAAUUCCGUGAUCUGAUCUUCCAACCCGAGUGAGUGAGAGAGGGAGACAGAGGCCACCGGGGAGAUGGAGGCUGCGGCGGCCACCGCUUUUGUGGGUAGGAUAGCGCCAAAGCUCUUUGAGUUCUUAGCUGCAAAUCACAAGCUUCGGCAGAACCUGGAGCAUGACAUCACCUGCAUCCAAAGAGAGUUUGCAUUCAUUUCUGCCGCCAUUCAGCAAGACGAUGACCUUCGCUGGAGGAGUGGCAAUGGGGACCAUGUGCAGAGGGCCUGGAUCCAAGUUAUAUGCGACUUGGCGCAUGCCAUCGAAGAUUGCAUCGACCGCUUUAUGCCCCGUGUGACGAUAUCCAAUAAGUCGCGAAUCCAUCAGGCUGCCCACAAGUGGAAAACAAUGAAGGCCCGUAAGGAGUUUGCCGAGGCAAUUGGCAAGCUCAGGAAGAUAUCAGAGGAGUCAUCCAAGCUGAGAACAACCUAUGGUACUAGCACCUCCUCAGCAUCGUCGUCGUCAGUGGCAUCUGAGAAGAAAGAUUUGGAGAUGGAGAUGGAUGAAUCCCUUUCUGCUCGCAGCCCCGUGGGUAUGGACGCGCAACGUGACGAGCUUCUGGAGCUGAUCCAGCAGGAGGGGCAGCAGCUCAAGGUGAUCUCCGUUGUUGACUUUGAUGGCAUAGGCAAGACUCUCCUUGCCAGACAUGUAUAUGAGAGUAUGCGCCAGUACCAAGCGCGGGCUUGGGUUUGUGCCACGGAGCAACGGCGCCCAAUGGAGGUUCUCAUUGAGAUAACCCAGAAACUUGGCAUCCCCACAUCCAUUGAUGGUGGAGGUCGUCCCAGCUACACCUGUGAAAUCCUAAGAUCACACCUUAGAACCAAGAGGUUCUUCAUUGUAAUUGAUGAUGUGCGGACAGAAUUUUGGCAUGCUAUAAAAUGUGCCUUUGAGGGGUUGAAUGGCAGAGUUAUAGUGACGACAGCCAUUCAGUCAGUAGCCAAUGCAUGCAGCAGCUCUGCUCAUGGUCAUGUGUACGUAAUGAGAACUCUUACCGAGAAAUACUCAAGAAGGUUAUUCUACAAGGAGUCUUUGGGCCAAAAUGAUGACCGGGAGGAUCAACUUGGCUCAGAAGUGCUGAAGAAAUGUGACGGUCUACCCCUUGCUCUUGUUACCACUGCCCGGUACUUGCAAAGCACAGAUAAUCCGACACGGGAAAACUGGGCAAAAUUGUGCCACAACCUGGGAGCACAUCUGGAAACAAAUGAGAUGUUAGCAAGAAUGAAACGUGUGCUUGUCCAUAGCUACACCAGCCUUGUUAGACAUGAUGUCAAGACAUGUCUGCUAUAUUUAGGUAUCUACCCAAGUGGUCAUCCGGUCAGGAAAAGAAGCCUCAUAAGGAAAUGGUUAGCUGAAGGGUUUAUCCAAGGUGAUUAUAUAUGUAGCGCCUUGGAUGCCGCUAUUGGCAAUUUUAAUGAGCUGGUCAACCGGAGUAUAAUCCAGCCUACAGAUCAAGGUGCCAACAGGAACAAAAACAGCGCAGAGGUAAAGACAUACCAUACUCACGGCAUGAUGCUCGAGUUCAUCCUGCACAUGUCCAAGUGUGACAAGUUCAUUACCAUGUUAUAUGACCAGCUGGCCGCCCCAGCCCCAACCAGCAAAAUCCGCUGGCUUUCCCUGCAUGAUGCAAGUGCCAGCGUAACAGCCAAUGAUCUAUCUCUUGUCAGGUCUCUGACAGUCUUCGGCAGUGCGCACAAAUCUGUCUUGGACUUUUCAAAGUAUGAACUGCUGAGAGUUUUGGAUCUAGAAGAAUGUGGUAACCAGUUGGAGGACAAGCAUCUCAAAGAGAUAUGCAGCAACCUGUUGUUGCUCAGGUAUCUAAGCCUCGGGGCCGCUGUUAAGGCACUUCCAGACGAGAUCAAAAAGCUUCGAUUCUUGGAGACACUCGAUGUAAGAAGAACACAGAUAGAGAUUCUGCCCACUGAAGUCAUUAAGCUGCCAUGCCUGAUUCAUCUAUUUGGAAAGUUCAAGCUCCAACAAGGUGUAGGAGCCCGGAAAAUCCUCAAGCUACAGACUUGGUUCUCAGAGAAUAGCAAAUUGGAAACUGUAGCAGGAUUUGUUGCGGACAGCAACAACAACAGCCAAGGAUUUGAACAGCUCAUGGAGCAUAUGAGACACUUGACAAAGGUGAAAAUAUGGUGCGAGCAGUCCACUAAUAGUAUUACAGAUCAUAUUGCCAGCCGCAGCAACUGGAGUCAUCUAUCUGAGGCAAUUAAAGGGUUUAUCAAGAGAAGCACCAACUUGAAAAAAGCUCAUUCACUCUCAGUCAAUUUCGCUGACGGAUGUUCUCAAGACUUGCUGAAUUUCUCCUUGGAAAAAAAAGAUUCCUCGCCAAGCUGCUAUCUUAGCUCACUGAAGCUACAUGGGAACAAUGUAUGCAGCCUGCCUCCAUUUAUUACAAUGCUGGGCAGUCUCACUAAACUGUGCCUUUCAUUCCCACAUUAUCAGCUGACCAGGGAUAUUCUUGCUGCCCUGAGCAGAGUGCGCUGCUUGGCGUACCUGAAGUUGAUUGCAUCUCAACUGGACAAGCUUGUCAUCAUAGAAGGUGCAUUCGAAAGCCUGAGACACCUAUGCAUCGUGGUGGAAGUCAUGACUGAGCUAGAAGUCGAAGAGGGAGCUCUGCCGCUCCUAGAGUCAUUCCACCUGUUGUGUCAGGAUAUAAAUGGAUUUAGAGGCACGGCGAUCCAAUCCCUGCGACGUAUUAAGGAGGUCACCCUCCAUGAUGGAGUAAGCGAUAAAACAAAACACGAGUGGAAAGAAGCAGCAAAAAAACACCCCAGACAUCCCAAGCUCUUGUUUGUUAAGACAGCUGAAGAUAUUCAUAUGGGAAGUGAACCUGCAGACAAUUCUGAGAGCCCAGCGGCACCAACUACUGAUACGACAUUAUCAGUGACAGUGCUCCAUGAUGCCACUUCUACUGUACAAUCUGUACAAGUUGAUGGCGAUGAUCUACAAAAUUAUGAUGAUGAGAAAGAAGAUACGGAAGACAUUGAUAUCAUAGACGAUUUUGGUAGCAAAACUUGUCUGGACCCUCUUAUAAACAAGGAAAAUUUGGAACAGGAGAGGGAAGGAGAGGUAGGUUUAAAGGAUCAGCAGAUUGAAGAUGUCCUUCGGUCUACUCAUCAGGCUGAUCAAAAUGUUGUACUUUUCGUGAUGAGUGAGAACACAAGAAAGAGGGCAAGGUUGGAUAUUGGUGAAGACAACUUAAUGGACAAGGUUGUUGAUAGGGUGAAGCGCAAGAACCCAGAGGAUGUCCAAGAAACGAAGCCUACAAAACAAACAGCACCUGGGCAUGCGGUUGUUAUCUCUGAUGGAAACUGAGGUUUUGUAUGGAGUUUGCAAGCUUGGGUCAAUCUUGCUCGUGAGUCGGGGCACGAUAUAGGUUUGCAUUGAGUGUCAGGUUGGCAUUUGGUGUUUAACUAAGUAGUCAUCGAUUCUGUUGCUUCAGGAGCUGGUCUGUCUUUUCAUCCCCUGGCAUGCUCACAUGCUAAUGGUGAAUUCUCAUGUGCUGCGGCUUGCUACAACUCCUUACCAGACUGAUACGGCUCUGGUGAAGGUGGUGAAGUGCUUCCAAUAAGCUUCUCCUUUAAGUUUCUACUUGUACUGCAACAUAAGUCUACUUUUAUGCAUGUCAAUUUGGUGGCUUUCUGCUAUGUCAGAGUUCAUCAUGUAUUUUGUUGGAUAUGUAUUUGGUCCCAGUUAACUUUUGACAUCUGUUCCACAAAACAUAAUCAUCCUCCAUUCAGUUAUAAGACCAUCUUAUUUUUAUGUUGUUGACAAUAAUAUUAGUUCUUGCAUUUUGUGGACAGCUUUUCUUGUUGCUUUCCUUUUCAUAAUUUGAAUCCUCAUGCUAGUAUACAAUAAUCAGCUUGGAAACUAGGGCUAAAAAAGUAAAGGUUCAAGAGAGAACAGCUUGGUUC